AUGCUGGGACGGCUUCUGGCAGCGUGCAUCUUCGUGCGCGCGAGCGUCAGCGCUCUUCAGUACAGCUACACCUCUACUGCUUUCGACUCGUCGGCUUGUGCGACUCCGGACAAUGUGCUCGAAUGCGGGGACAGGGAAGUUAUGCAGCGCCGGGCGGAUCGCGACGCGUUUCUCGACGCGUUGAUAGCUGACAUGAGCGUCGAGGAGCUCUCUCACCAGCUCCAUCUCAUGUUCUCUGACAAUGUCAUUGGGCCCAAGUCUGAACUCGAACUAUAUGACUCCGCCCUUGCACCGUACCCGAACUACACCUUCGGCUCGAUACACGACUUCUACCCCACGGACAAGGCGCAGUACAACGAACUUCAAGCCCUCAAUCUGAACCGCAGCGCGAAGUCCAUUCCGUUCAUGCAGCUUGCAGAGUGCCUUCACGGCGUCGGUAGCUUCAAGCAGAGCAUGUUCCCAGUCCCGCUCGCGAUGGCUGCGUCGUGGGACCCAGAUGCUGUAUACUCCGUGGGUCGAGCGAUUGGGAAGGAGGCACGGUCGGUCGGGAUACACGCGUGCCUUGCGCCUGUUCUCGACCUUGGGAAGGAGCCGCGUUGGGGGCGUACGCAAGAGGCGUGGGGCGAAGACCAUGUACUCACUUCGCACAUGGGCGUCGCUUUCGCUGGCGGACUGUCGAAGAACGGCUCGUGGUCGGACCCUGAUGCUGUCGUUCCCGUAGUGAAGCACUUCGCUGCACACGGCUCGCCUCGAGGUGGCAUUAAUGCUGCGCCCUUCAUGGGCCGUGGUCUACGUCAGGUCAUGCAAGAGAUGUUCGUCCCCUUCAAGGCUGCUUUCGACCUCGGAGGCGCCCACGGCGUUAUGAUGGCCUACCACGAGCUCGACGAAAUACCAGCUCAUGUACAUCCCAUGCUUUACGCCGCAUUAGAAGAAUGGGGCUUCAACGGAAUGGCUAUGCUCUACAAGCGGCACACCGUCACGACGUCCGACGCGGAUACUAUGCAGCAGUAUCUCAACGCCGGAGGCAUGAUCCAGUACUACGAUUUCUCCCUAGCGACUUGGCGGUGGACCCUCAUCGACCUCGUCUCCAACGGUACCCUUCCUCUAUCCGUCCUUCAAGAGCGCGUGAAGCGCGUGCUGGGCGUCAAGUACGACCUCGGGCUUUUCGACAAUCCAUACGUCCCCGACGACAUCAAUGCAACGGCUUUGGUCGAGGAUCACAUUCCGCUGACGCUGGAAAUGGCGCAAAAAUCGCUUGUCUUGCUAGAGAACAAGAACGAGACGUUACCGUUAGAUAUCAAGGGUUCUGGGAUCAAGAAGAUUGCACUCGUGGGACCGUUCGCGGAUACGUUGAACUACGGCGGCUACUCCGGCCCAUGGGGCAUGAACCCCAACGACCGCGGUAUCACCCUUCGCGAAGGCAUUCUCUCCUACCUCAACGACUCCGUCGAGCUUGUUACCACCUGGGGCGCCGAAUCCUGGCUCUAUCACGCCCAGUACUCCAUCCCUGCCUACGCAUACACGGACCUUACCGGUACCGCCGGCGGCCUCACUGCGUCCUACUAUGCUGAUCCAGACGCGAACUUCAGCGAAGCCACACCUGCGUUUACCCACUCACCUCAGACGCCCAAUCGCGACUGGGGCCUGUACCCCCCUCUCGGCCUGUCCUCCAACAACUUCAGCGUCGUUUGGGAGGGCUCCCUGACCGUGCCUACUCUCGGCGUCCCCUCCGUCUCCGGCUGGCUCGGCGCGGCCGUUUCGCCCAACAUCUCCGCGGAGGUCUACAUCGACGGCGUGUCCAUUGCCUCCUCCCCCGCCACGCCCGCUGGUAGCACCCUCAGCAACAUCGAGAGCUACGUCUGGGUGCAGCAGAACGCGACGAUCGCGCCGGCUGGCGGGGCGGAGUUCACUUUCGAAAGCGAAAGGACGUAUGCGGUGAGAGUGGAGCUGAGGGUGUGGAAUCUGGCGCAGAAGAUCGAGAAUGUGAACAGCGUGAAUGCGCACAUCGAGCUAUGGUGGAAUUUGGCGGGAAAGGAAGGCGAUGGAGUGCAGCAGGCGGUACAAGCUGCUGAAGGGGCUGACCUGGUUGUGCUAGCUGUCGGCGCGAACUGGAACAGCGACGGGGAGAGCGGAGACCGGGCAACGUUGGGCCUUUCGCCGAACCAGACCGCACUCGCCGAUGCCAUGUUCGACCUCGGGAUCCCGGUGGUGAUAGUCCUGCAAGGCGGCCGUCCCUUUGCUAUCCCGGAGUACUACGACAAGUCGGCCGCCGUGGUCAAUGCUUUCUUCCCCGGUCAGUCGGGUGGCCAGGCCAUCGCCGAUGCGCUGUUUGGGACCGUCACUCCCGGCGGACGGGUGCCCAUCAGCGUGCCAUAUAAUGACCAGCAGCUCCCGGUCUACUACAACGACAAGUACACAGCGCGCGCGAAGAACUACACGGACGUCUAUUCGUACGCAAAGUAUCCUUUCGGGUACGGCCUGUCCUACACAACUUUCACGCGGUCGAACUUCAACGCGACGUCCGCCACUUUCUCCUCGGGGGACACCAUCACCUUCCACGUCGACGUGACGAACACUGGCAAGUACCCCGGUAGUGAAGUGGUGCAGGUCUACCUUCUCGUCCGCCGCUCGACCAUCGUUCGUCCGCAGAAGCAACUUGUUGCCUUCGCGCGAGUGUAUCUGGACGUGGGAGAGACGCGCACGGUGGAGAUGCAGCUAGAGGUGGACCGCUACCUUCCCAUCGUCGACCGGACGUGGAAGUGGGUCCUGGAGGAGGGUGAUUACACCUUCGCGCUUUUGGACCAUGGUGGGUACGACGCUGACACAUCGACGAACAUUACCAUUGCUUGCGUUUGA